AACUACUCACAAACUGCUGGCAAUUUCGUAGGAAAGUCAAUCGAGAUUAUAGUAUAUCUAAAGAUGGCUGCCGGUUUGUUUUUAUCUUGUGAUUAACCUCUGUAAAAUAUCGUUCAUCGCGCAGUACAUAUUUUAUUAAAGAAGACACACCCAGUGGCAAAAUCAUCCUUAACGAAAAAUGCCACCAAAAUUCCGAAGAACUUUAUCCGGGGAAGACCUGAGAGCCGCGGACGAGGUUGAAAAGGAAUCCCUUUUAGAACAUGACAGUGAUCCUGAUGAAGAUAUGUUAUUUAACCGUCCAAGUACAUCUACCGAGAACGUACAAGUUCACGGGAAACUAGACAGUGUCAGGAUACAGAUAAAAGAAGUGACUGAUACGAUGCGGGACAAUAUGCAGAAAGUAAUCGAGAGAGGAGAUAGAAUGGAGGAUUUACAAUCAGCAAGUGAGCGUUUAUCAAUGGCGGGAAAUGAAUUCCGAGAUGCAGCGAGAAAUGCGCAAAGAAAAGCGUGGAUGCAAAAUGUUAAAGCAAGAAUCAUAAUAGGUGGGAUAACUUUGAUGCUCGUCCUGUGUAUAGUCGUAAAUUUCAUCAGAUCGUACAAAUAUUCCCUAUUGACCUCGAUCAAGAUUUCAUUUCAGGAUGAACAAGUGGAAGUGUCUAUCGUAAUAUCAACCGCGUUAGAGAAGCGGGAACUUCCAUAACGCGGAUGUGGAAAUCCCAUUUCCCGCGACUGAGAUGGAUCAGGAAAUUUCAGUGAUUUUCCAAGAAUGUCCAAAGGUCAAGAAAGGUUUUCAGGCUAAUUGAGGUUAGCCGGGGUUAUCAUGAGAGCAC